UGUCUGCAUGACAUAUUGUGCGAUCUCAGGAUCUAGACAACACCGAAGGUGUUACAAUGUAAAUAAGGCUUUAAAUGUUUAGUCUAACUAAUUUAAAAUGUUUAUAGUCUAAAUUGCCACGAUUUUGUCCGUCGUUUUGGGACUUGACCGACAAACCGAUGAACGGAGAAAGUUUUUGAUUUGUCAAACAUCUACAGCGAAUCAACAGAUACGUUUUCUUCAGUCAACACAUAAACUGAGAGUAUGUCCCCCAGCGCUACUCUCCGCAGGGUCCUGUUCUGGGUGUGCGUGCCUUGCUUUGUGAUGGGUGGGCUCAUGGUCUACGUCACCCUUGCCGUGUGCCUGUCCAUGAGCCCGUCCACGACGCACAGACUCCAUCAUCUACAGCGCGUGAAGUUCACCGCCCCGGGCGCCACGGCGAGGCUGGGGUACGCUGCCCAGCCCCGGGGGCCCUUCUGGAGGGGUGACAUGGACGCCAACAAGACUGGACUGUGGAACCGGCUGCAGUACAAACUGGACCUGCGGAACAGCCACGUCUUACGCUCAGUCAAGGUCAAAGGGCCGCCGGGCGUCCAGAGACUGACCUCUGCGUCGGAGAGCGGCAGGGCCAACGCAGAGGUCAAGGGUCGGCUCUGCGCCUUUAACCAGACCUCUGUGGAGACGGCACUGCCGGAGUUCCAGACGCUUCCGCUGCACAUCAGGGAGUUCAUCCUGCGCAUGUUCUGCCGGGACUUCCGUCUCCUCAUCGACCAGCCGCGCCUGUGUGCAGCGGGGGCGCCCAGGGGGAGCAAGGAGACGCCCUUCCUGCUGCUGGCCAUCAAGAGCCGGGACGAGCACCGCGACCAGCGGCAGGUGAUCCGGGACACCUGGGGCCAGCAGGGCCAGGUGCGGGGCAGGAGCGGCGCGGGCGGCCUGGUCCGCAGGCUCUUCCUGCUGGGGAGAGGACGAGGCGGCGACGGGAGGCUCAACCGCACGCUGGAGGAGCAGCUGAAGCAGGAGAACGAGCGGCACGGGGACCUCCUGCGCUGGGACUUCGCCGACGCCUUCUUCAACCUCACCCUGAAGGACGUGCUGUUCUGGGGCUGGCUGGCACGCCGCUGCCCCGACGCCCGCUUCGUCUUCAAGGGCGACGACGACGUCUUCGUCAGGACGCCCGCGCUGCUGGACUACCUGCAGGCGCAGCUGGACGCCGAGGGCGCCAAAGCGGCGCGAGGCCUGAAGGCCGACCCGACCCUGCGGGACUUCGUGGCGGGCGACGUGAUCCCGCUGGCCAGGCCGAUACUCUCCGCCGACGUGAAGUACUACAUCCCCGCGCUCCUGUACACGGGCAAGUACCCCACCUACGCGGGCGGGGGAGGGGUGGUGUACUCGGGCGCGCUGGCCCUGCGACUGCGCGAGGUGUCUCGGAGGGUGGCGCUGUUCCCCAUCGACGACGUCUACGUGGGCAUGUGCCUGGAGCGGCUCGGCGUGGUGCCCAAGCACGAGCCCGCCUUCCUCACGUUCGACUUCCCCGAGGGCGAGGAGGAGGACAACCCCUGCGCCUACCACACCAUCCUGCUCGUCCACAAGCGCAGUCCCGAGGCCGUGCGGAGGCUGUGGGCGGAGGACCUCGAGCCUCCGCCCGACUGCCUCAACGCCACCCUCAGAGUGGACCCCACAGCAGCGCCCAAACGUGCGCCCAAACGUGCACCCAAACGUGCGGCACAGAAACGAGGACAAGCGAAGGAGGGUCCGAGGGAGAUGGACAUCAUGGACUUAAUGUGAGGCCGGCUCUCAGGAGACUUCGCUACCUCAUUUUAUACGCUUCAGCUCUUGACCUGCUGAUGAUGGCUGAGGCAUCAUUCAUGUUGUUUCAGAGACGUGAUGGGAAUUAUUUUUAGCCCUUUUUUUUUAAAGACAAUUCCUCAAAAUUGAUGGCAGCUUCUUGAAGUUAAAGUUGAACCUUCUCAGGUUUUCUCAUUCCUCUCUGACAGUAAGCGAGGUUUCAGAGCUGGCCGUCUCUGUGCCCCCUUAGUGUGACCACUACAUAGGCCACGUAGCUAUGCUUUUCUUCAGUUAGUUAGGCUACAUGCAGCGUGCACUAUAUCUCUCACACUCACUCUCUCUUGGAGUGCUCUGUUUGAUCAGAGCAAUCCAAGAUCAAACAGAUCAGCUCGGCGUUCUCUAUACUGUAGGUUAGCAGUAUCAACAGCACAGCACCAAUGAAGUUAAAUAGGCUACUCAUGCAUGCAACGCAAAUGUACUAGUUUGUUCUUAUCACAACAAUCAACAAUCAGCCAGUCGCGGAGAUCAAAUGCGUAAAAAGGCAAAGCAGUUUUACCUACUGUAGCAGUAUGUAGGACCCUUACAUGGUAUAGGCCUAAUGCUAGAACACAGCUGGGUCUCUAGCCGCAGUCGCAGUUAACAUUAGGAUAUCAAUUCAUAAACUGUGACAUUAAAUAUUCGCACCACCCUCCCAAUAAUACUUGUGCCCCCUUGACAUUUGCAAAUACCCCCUCUCUCACCAUACUUUGCGGCCGGGUAUUGCUUUUGAAGAAUCUUGGGCUUUGGGAAACACUAAUUUUCACCAUUUUCUUGCAUUUCUAUUGAUAAAACAACUAUUCGAUUUAUCAAGAAAAUAAUCCACCUGGUAAUGGACUGUAGGAAUAAUAGCUUGUCGCAACCCUGCCGUGGGAUACGGCUCUCUACUGUCACCAUGGAAUAAAUAGAUUAGACAGUCUAUUAUCUGGGUGGUUCCACAAUAAAACAUGUCCUGGGCCAAUUGAAAACACUGCAUAAACCUAAACAAGUUUGCUUUUUGAUAAGGAUCAGAAUUCACAGGUGUGUGUAUGACUUUAGUGUGAGUGUGUGGAGGGGGGCGCAAGCAGUGUUUCAACAUAAUUUCUCGUUAAACUGGUUUACAGGAAACACUAUCAUGUCGCACCUUAGACAUCUGAAGAAUUCUGCAGUUACUUACACAAGGAAUUUAAAAACUGAAGCUCACAUACACAUACAGGCACCCAUAAACACACUCAGAGAAAAUGUGAACAAGCCUUCAGUACUCUAAAUAGCCUCAACUUCCUCCUAGAACUCAUAGGUCAUUGAUAACCAGGUUAUGUGCAAGGGGGAAGCUGUGACUUCCUUUCUAUGUACAGUAUACUGUAGAGAGGGAUUCAUGUUUUUUUUUUAUACUAUGUAUUAUACUUUGUAGAGUCAUUCAUUUUUUUUGUUUGUUUUUGUUUAAAGACUGUGAAACUGUU